AUGUAUGUAGGUAUCUGUCUCAGACUCUAUCUAUCUAUCUAUCUAUCUAUCUAUCUAUCUAUCUAUCUAUCUAUCUAUCUAUCUAUCUAUCUAAGCGACUUAAUUCAUAUCUAUCUAUCUAUCUAUCUAUCUAUCUAUCUAUCUAUCUAUCUAUCUAUCUAUUUAACAUCUAUCUAUAUAUAUAUGUCUGUUCAUAUGUAUGUAUGUAUGUAUCUAUCUAUUACAGUCUGUCCCUAUCUUUCUAACUUUGUUUCUAUCUAUCUAUCUAUCUAUCUAUCUAUCUAUCUAUCUAUCUAUCUAUCUAUCUCUCUAUCUCGGCUCUAUCUAUCUAUCUAUCUAUCUAUCUAUCUAUCUAUCUAUCUAUCUAUCUAUCUAUCUAUAAGCAGAUUCACAAUUAAAUCAGGAAGUAAUGUUUCCCAUUGGCUCAACAAUCCUCUUCCUCAUUCUGCCAUACUCUCUCCCAAUUUUUUUCUUUCUUUCUUUCUUUCUUUCUUUCUUUCUUUCUUUCUUUCUUUCUUCUCUCCAGUUUUUCUUUCUUUCUUUCUUUCUUUCUUUCUUUCUUUCUUUCUUCGAAAGCCGUUUCAUGGCGCCUGGAUUAAUUCUGUACGCCUUAUCAGCGCCAGUCGUCGGUGUUUGAGCCUAGGGCAAGAUGUCUCCUCGUCUAUCUCCCUAAUGAAGUCAAUGUUCGUUCGAGCCAUAUUCGCGAUUGCUGUUAGCAAACAACUUGCGACAUUGGUCUGUCAUGGGAAAUAUUUCUUUUUUUUUUUCGGCACGUCGACAUAUUUACAACAUCGUCUGUAG